AAUAUAUAUAAAUACGUACUAUCAAUAAAUCUGAUAAUAAUAUUAUCUAGCAAUAAUAAAUUAGCGAGUAAUUAGCAAAUUCUAUUGAUUUAGUCAAUCGUGAGCCAUGUUGAAGUAUAGUGUAGCCUUAUUCUGUGUGUUAGCGGCGGUUUCAGCGCUCCCUCAUGACCCGAUCCUCAGAAAGCUCGACGAUGGAGCUCGCUACCAAUACGUGCAAGGUCCUGAUGGCACUCCUCAUCUAGUAGACUUGUGGAUGAAGGCCAGCGACAUGGCUGAGGCGGCCAGAUAUAACCCUGAGAGGCAGAAUGUCUACCAUCUGUUUACCAGACAAAACCCAACAGUAAGUCAGCCAAUGCUGAUAGGUAAUGAAGGACUACUAGGUCUGAACAACUACAAUCCGGCUAGGCGGACUGUUGUGUUGCUGCACGGCUGGCUCGCUGAUGUCACUUCGGAUUUCAACACUGUGUUGGUACCAGCGUUCCUGUCAGCUGAGGACGUGAACGUGAUCGUGGUAGACUGGAGCGCGGGCGCAGGCACCAUCAACUAUGCUGCUGCCGUCGCCAACACCGUGCCUUCUGGUGAAAGCGUAGCAAACUUCAUCGAGUGGUUGAACUCCGUCACCGGCGCCAGUCCUGCUAUGUACCACAUCAUAGGACACAGCCUCGGCGCUCACCAAGCUGGUAUCAUCGGCAGAAACGUGGGAGGGAACAUCGCUUAUAUUACUGCUCUCGAAGCAGCUCUCCCCGGCUGGAUUACAAACGACAACACGUUCCGACCAUCAGACGGGGUCUACACUGAAGUUAUCCACACAAACGCCGGGGUCUUGGGCUACAUGAGCACUUUGGGGGACGCCGACUUCUACCCUAAUGGGGGAAUUAACAUGCCCGGGUGUAACUCUCAGGAGUGUGAUCAUGCUAGAUCAUACUUCUACCUAGCAGAAUCGCUAACAUCGGCCGGAUUCACCGGUCGUCGCUGUGCUUCGUUUGUCACCGCUAUGACCGGCAACUGUUUCCUAUGGGGGAAUCUUAGAAUGGGGGGAUUAGUGCCGAAGACUGGACAAUCUGGAAUCUUCUACUUGGAGACCAACGCGUCACCGCCAUUUUCACGAGGCUAAGAUAAAAUGGACAAGAAAACUGAACAAAUAAAAUAAAUGACUGAUUUAUCACA